AUGUUUCAUUUUAAAUGUUACAGUUCAUCAUCUCUGUACCGCAGUAUAGCUGGAGUCGGUUCAAUGGGAGGAGCAGGUGCUGGGUAUACUUUGCCCUACAUGAACAGUCCUACUGAUCUGGCUGGUUCUCCUCAGCAACUUUGGACUUCAAAUUUAACAUCAACACUACCACCGAUUUCUGACGACUAUGGUACUAAAUCAACCUCGACGGUGACUCACCAAAGCCUCCCAGCAUUUUCUCAACCUUUCGGAGGAGCCCGGAGCUUCCGAGGGUACAGCAGCCCACCUUAUUCCUCUCAACAAGCUUCAGCAGGAUCAGGAGCGAGUUCAGGGGACCCGAGUACCUGGUCAUACCCGGUUUCAGCGGCAGAUUCCCUUACGACACAAUACGGAAGCGUUGCGACGCCUUCCAGACGUCAAACGUCCAAUUCGACAGUCCCAAUGAGUGCCGCCGCCAGUCUAUCUGCUAUGGCGGACCCGGGCGAAUUCUACAAAGGCUUCUAUGGGUAUAAUGGCACCCGUCGCGUCCUCGAGGAGAAAUCGAGCCGCCGCUUGUAAUGGGUCGUCGGCGUCAAGGCGGGUAGGUCUGUCAUGCAGCAACUGUCAGACGACAAUAACAUCACUCUGGCGCAGAAACACUUGCGGAGAGCCAGUUUGCAAUGCCUGCGGAUUGUACUACAAGCUGCACAACGUUAACAGGCCGCUGGCUAUGAAGAAAGACAACAUCCAAACGCGAAAGAGAAAACCUAAGAGUGGCAUGAAGGCCUCCGACACCCCGAUCAACCACAACAUUCCCUCAUGUGUCAUUAAUAACAACAACAAUAACAAUAACUCCAGUGUUGCCAAUAACAAUAUAAAAUUGGAACCAGAAUACGUUGAAGCGAGGAUGAGCCACUUGAACAUAAACCAGUCGUACACGAGCUCCCUGUACGGCGGGAACGGCCAAUCAAACAGCAGGAUAAUUUCAUACCAGUCGACCCCCCAGGUCUACUACGACAUGCUCGCCUCCCAGCAGCAGCACCAGCACCAGCAGCACCAACAACAGCUCCUCGAGUGCCAUUCGCCGAAAGUUGAGUGCUCUUCGCCCUCAAACAAGGGUUCGCCUUUGCUAUCGGCUAAUCACUCGCCGGACCAUCACUUCACUUCACCCCACAUUGUCACCCUCGGGAACUCCUCCCCGACCUCCACCACCAGCAAACUUAUGCUUGAUAAUAAUCAUCUAGAGCGGCCUACUGUCGUCUCAAUAUCUUCCUAA